CAGCACUUUAGAGGGUGUUCUCAGACGAUUACGUACCACCGCCUCCACAGCUUGGGCGGCUCCUUUUCUCAUUUUCCUGGCUAGAUAGAAGGUGGCCUUUAAACCUGCUGGGAGGAGCUGCUUAAUACAUCGAAAAUGUCCGGGGAUGGACAGAACAAAAGGAGAAUAGCCAUCAUCGGCAUCUCUUCCAUCUUACUGGUGGGCAUGGUGGUGGCCGUGACGGUUGGCGUGACGUGGAAGCAGACAGAUUCUGACGAGGAAGACAAGGCUUCAGACAAGACCGUGUCUAACAAAGUAAAAGCAGUGCAGAGCCUGUGCGCCCCCACCGACUAUAAGAGAGAAUGUGAAGAGAGCCUAGAGGCUGAGGCUGGCAACUCCACGGACCCCAAAGACCUCAUCAUGAAGGCCUUCAACGUCACCAUCAAGAAGAUUGAGAAGAGCCUCCGAGAGUCCGAUACCUUGCACGAGGCAGAGAAGGAUCCCCGGGCCCAAGAGGCCCUCCAGACCUGCAAGCAUCUCAUGGAACUUUCCAUCGGCGAGUUUAAGAAAUCGCUCAACACCUUUGAGACCUUUGAUUUCUACAACCUGGACAAGAUUCUCAUGAACCUCAAAGUGUGGCUGAGCGGGGCUAUCACUUACCAAGAAACAUGCAUAGAAGGGUUCGAGGAUGCCAAGAGCAACGCCGGUCAGAAGAUGAAGCAGGCACUCACUGCCUCCAUGCACAUGAGCAGCAAUGGCCUCGCCAUCGUCAACGACAUGGCCGAAGCUUUGUCCAAUCUGCACAUCACAAAACAAGGAAGGCGUCUGCUUAAUGAUCAGGAGGAUGGUAACGAAGAUCAUCACGGCGAGGUGGGUGCAAACGAGGACGGCGCGAGACCCGAUGGUGACUUCGAGUUCCCCGUGUGGGUUGAUGAAAAUCCUGCUGCCCGGAGACUACUGACGAGCGACCAUAAAAGCAAGCUGAAGCCCGACGUGGUAGUAGCUCAAGACGGGAGUGGGAAAUACAAGAAAAUCAAAGAUGCGUUGAAGCACGUGCCGAAGAAGAACAAGAAGCCGUUCGUGAUCUACAUCAAGGAAGGGGUGUACAAAGAGUACGUGGAGGUGGAGAAGGACAUGACGUACGUGGUGUUCGUGGGGGAUGGUGGCAACAAGACCCGCAUCACCGGCAAUAAGAACUUCGCUGAUGGCAUCGGCACCUACAACACCUGCACGGUGUCGAUAGAAGGGGACCACUUCAUCGCCAUCAACAUGGGGUUCGAGAACUCGGCCGGUCCUGACGGACACCAGGCGGUGGCAUUGAGGGUUCAAGCCGACUUUUCCAUAUUCUACAGGUGCCAAUUGGAUGGGUACCAGGACACGCUGUAUGCUCACACCAUGCGUCAAUUCUAUAGGGACUGCGUUAUCACCGGCACCAUAGACUUCAUCUUCGGGGACGCCGCCGUUGUGAUGCAAAAUUGCACGUUCGUGGUGAGAAAGCCAAAUGAGAACCAGCAAUGCAUAGUGACGGCGCAAGGGAGGAAGGAGAGGCAUCAACCGUCAGCGCUGGUGAUCCAGGGAGGGUCCAUAGUGUCGGACCCCAAGUUCUAUAAAGUGAGGUUUGAGAACAAGGCGUACUUAGCACGCCCAUGGAAGAACUUCUCAAGGACCAUCAUAAUGGAAACCUUCAUAGAUGACUUGAUUGAUCCGGAAGGGUUUCUCAAGUGGGACGCUAACUCCACAUCCUACAAGACAUGCUGGUAUGGCGAGUUCAAUAACACGGGGCCUGGUGCCAAAAAAAGCCAUCGAGUCAAGUGGAACGGCAUCAAGAAUCUCACGGCACAACAUGCUCUAGAUUUCACACCCUUAAGGUACUUCAAGUCUGAUUACUGGAUCAGGGAAACCAGGAUUCCUUACAAUCCCACCACAAUGUCCUCCCCUCCAUUUAGUCCUCAGAAGAUCUCCUCUCAAUGAACUGCUGUUCAUUUCAUUAUUCUUUAGGAGGGUGCUCACUAAUUAAUCUCUAGGUGCUUCUUUAGUUUCUUUACCUUUUUCCUUUUCUUUCUUCAUUUUUUGAUGUGUACGUACUGACUCUUGCCCUACGUACACUACACGACAUUUAAUUAAUGCUGUACCUACUUGUUUUUUCCCUCACUCAAAUGUCAAAUAGCCUCUUCUCUUUA